AUGAAGCUGGCGGUCUUUAGUGCCAAAUCCUACGACCGCACCUACUUGGACCAGGUGCGUGACCAGCACUUUCCCGAGCUCUGCACCAUUGAGUACCAUGCCUUCGCGCUGUCUGAGGAGACCGUGCCCCUCAGCCCAAGAGCCCUUCAUGCCUACGGGAUCCGUGCCAUCUUGCUCCGCUGUGCGGGAUUCAACCAUGUCCAUCUCGAAACUGCCGAAGAGCUAGGCCUCUUUGUGGCGAACGUCCCGGCAUAUUCCCCCGAAGCCGUGGCGGAGUUCGCAGUGGCCCUGAUCCAGACUUUGAAUCGCAAGACUCACCGCGCAUACAAUCGUGUGCGUGAGGGCAAUUUCAACAUCGAAGGUCUCCUUGGGAAUACUCUGCAUGGCAAGACCGUGGGGAUCAUCGGCGUGGGACGUAUCGGACUCGCAGCCGCGCGCAUCUUCCACGGCUUCGGGUGCCGACUACUCGCGCACGACCCCUUUGCCGGCGAAGAGUUCCGCCAGUUCGGGACGUUAGUUGACCUCGACACCCUGCUACAGGAGAGCCACAUCGUUAGUCUGCAUUGUCCCCUCACGGACAGCACGAAGCAUCUCAUCAAUGAAGAGACAUUGGCGCGCAUUAGACCGGGGUCCUUACUGGUCAAUACCUCGCGGGGUGGACUCAUCGAUACCACGGCGGUCAUCCAAGCGCUGAAGACCAAGCAGCUGGGCGGGUUGGCAUUGGAUGUCUACGAAGCCGAAGGCGAGAUUUUCUAUAACGAUCACUCCGGGGAGAUCAUCGACGACGACGUGCUGAUGCGCCUAAUGACCUUCCACAACGUCUUGAUCUGUGGUCACCAGGGGUUCUUCACACGCGAGGCCCUCGAGGAGAUCGCUGAGGUCACACUCGGCAAUUUAUCCGAUCUGGUCUCGGCCCGCUCGUGCAAGAACUCCCUGGUCACGGAGGGACAUGUACUAGUUCCCCUUGAUACAGAGCCGGUAAGGCUAUAA